ACUAGAGGCCAACGUUGUACAAGGUCUCAAAUAGCAACAUACUCUCUUGAAAUUAAUGAAAAUGUGGCGGAUGGUAUAUUCGUUUUAGAUUUUCAGAAAGAUGGGUAUGCUACUACCAGUUCCUGGGCAGAAUACAACGGAACACUUAGCAAAGAAAAAUAUAUGAAUACAAGUGGUCUUCUUUCCUUUACAUACUGUCACAGGUUUAAGCUGUACUACAACAGACCAAGAAUGUUUAUUAUGACCUAUGCUUACAAUGACCAGGAUACAAAUGAGCUUUACUCAGAAUAUCAUCUUGGAAGAUCUGCUUUUCGAGCCUGUAAGAUAGGAACCAAGUUCUGUGCUUGGCAUUAUGAAAUGCCACAAUAUUACAUCUGGAGACAUACAUGUCUUACCUACGAUGCAUACAGAGAUACGUGGAAGCUUUUUGUAGAUGGAGAAAAGAUUGAUUCUGGAGCAUUCGCGAACGAUAGAAGAGUUGAACCUAUUCGGUCUGGUGGAGUAUUUAUCUUAGGACAAAAUCAGUUGGAGCAAAGAGGAGGAUAUGACCCUCGUCAAACCUGGAGCGGAGCUGUUACUCAACUCAACAUCUGGGAUUUUCCUAUGGAGGAAUACCACGUAGAGAAUUUGGCCAAGUGUCGAUCUGAUGCUUAUGGUAAUGUUGUUCGGUGGGAUGAAGCCUACUGGAUACUGGGUAGUGUCGAUGUCAGCAAGGUUCAACAGUAUGAGCUCUGUGCUGAUUCUAGAACAGAUUCUUCAUUUUUCCUGUUUCCUGAUCCUUUUGAUUUUAAAUUUUAUAAUUCUUUUUGCAAAAGCUUGGGAGGAGAAAUACCAUUUCCAACUAGUGAGGAUAAUUUCCAAGAGAUAAUGGAUACUACAGAAAAUCUUGUUUCUGGAGAAAUCCAUGAAAGAUGUAUGCAUGCGUCAGGAAACGUGAUUGUUUGGCUUGGAAUAACUGAUGAAUACUCUGAGGGAUUAUGGGUCAGCUCAUUCACAGGGGAAGAGCUUUCAUUUCCUGGUUAUUGGGAAGUAGGUCGACCUCUAAAAUCAGAUCGAGAUAAUUGUGCAAGAACUUUUGUCGACCGACGGUGGGCAGAUGUGGAAUGCAAAGAAAGUUUUUGUUCUGUUUGUAAGUUUGGAGCAAGGAUGAAUCUGACAAUGCGAGGAUUAUGUAAACGUGAUACAAAGCUUAUGGAGGGAUUUUUCGACACUGAAUACUUUAUAUCCGGAUUCAAGAACUUUAAACCACUGUGGAGAGGAUUAGGAAAGAGUCAUAUAUUUUAUUUACCAUCUGAGAAAACAUGGAAGCUGGAGUCACUUUAUGCAAAGGAAAAGUUUGCUAUUCUUGGGGCUGAUGACACUGAUCCAAACAAUUUUUUCCCCCUUGGAAGGAAAACUUGGAAAGUUGCUUCUGGUAUUUGCCAAUUAGAAGAUGGUGCUCCGCAUCAGCUGACUUUGACCACGUGUUUUCCAGAUAAGUUCACGUGCAACGACGGAAGCUGCGUUAGUAUUACGCAGCGCUGUAAUCUUGCAAUUGACUGUAAAGAUGGGUCAGAUGAAGAAGAUUGUAAACUACUGGCGAUCAAUGAUGAUUACCGCGGAGAACUGUUUCCUCGAGAAAAAGAUAAUUUUGCUCUUCGUGUUUUCCUCAAUGUUUCAAUUCUUUCAUUUCCAAAAAUAGAUUCAUUGGAGUUAUUUUUUACAGCUGAUUUUGUUUUGAGCAUGAGGUGGCAUGAUCCUAGAUUAAAGUUUACAGAUCUAAGAGAGGAUACUUACCUAAAUAAAUUAUCCUCAAAUACACAAGCUCGCAUCUGGUCUCCUUCUAUUGGAUAUUCUAACGCCAGGGUGAUAGGAGGAACAAAGGUUGAUCGUAUUACAAGCACGGUGGCUCAAAAGGGAGGAAAAAGAAUAGAUGAUGAUAUAGAAAGAGCAUUUGAGAUUUGUAAGAUGUUGCUUGAGUUGAGUGGAAUUACGAAGGAAAAUGUCGAGCUUGAAAUAGAUUACGACGGAGUAGAGUACACCGGAAAAAAGGUUCUGCUUGAGUAUGUAAUAGGAGACAUGUUGCUAAAAAGCCUCACCAACGAAAGCGACACAAAAUAUUCAACUCUGAAGGUUUUAUUAAACCCCUAA